CAAGGUCGUUAUGGAGUAAUGUGUGCUGGAAAUGGAACAGUCAAUGAAACAGCAACCACGGAUGGCGACUACUCCAUUUGUCAUGGAACACAACACACUGAAAAUGUCACGUGGUACAUAGACUUCACAACUUUGAAAAGUAUUUACCGGAUUGCAAUUUCAGGAGAAGUUACCUAUGAAACUCCAAGUGGUCAUUUGUCUGUUUAUAUUUCUAAUUCGAGUUCUUGGACGACGGGGUUCUUGUGCGCCAAACUAAAAAAGAAUAUCAACAAACAAUUAACUCUAAAUACCACAUGUGCUAAACAUGGUCGUUAUGUUGUGAUACACUUUGAGGGGAACUCUGAUUUAAUUCAAAGUGGCAAGUCUCCUCGGACGAAAUCAGAUUGGUUUUUCAUUUGUGAAAUCAAAAUAGAAGGAUGCGACGCUGGUGUUUUUGGUGAAAACUGUAACAAAAAUUGUUCAAGACACUGUAUUGGAAAAAAUUGUGACAUUCUAGAUGGAAGAUGUCUAAGCACGAUGUGUUCUGAUGGUUGGCAAGGGAACAGCUGUAGUAAGAGAUGUUCCAAUCGAACGUACGGGCAUCAAUGUCAAUCAACUUGUGGAAAAUGUGCAAACUUACGUGAUUGUCAUCACCUGACCGGCAAUUGCGCAGAGGGAUGUGUUGAUGGAUGGGAAGGGAAUAAAUGUGACAAAGGUAUAAUGUGAAUCCUUUUCUUAAUUAGAUCCAUAUGUUUAGAAAUGUAAAACAAUUUUAAACAUCUACUAAUCCAAUUUUUUUAUAACAAAAAAAAUCACAUGGUAUUUCAAAACGUAAGAAACUUGAAUAAUGAGUUGUAAUCCCAACUCAUCAAGUUGUAUCUUGCAUUUACAUGUAACAUUUGCAUCAAAUGAAAAUGGAAAUAAUUGAACACAAUAUAUAAUAUUCCUUCUUGACAUUUCCAUCUGAAAUGCAACAUACAAAUGCAUAAAAGCAAAUACAUUCUUCAUGAAUAAUAAAUAAGUCUCGCCACUCAUUAUUACCUAUUUUAUCGACAUUUGACAAUUGAUUCCGUGGCCGGGAUGCAUGUAACUCGGAUAAGAUCACAACAAUUCUGCGAAAGCUUUCUAGAAAUUGCAGUUGACUAUGACGAAGUGUAACCAAACUAACCUCUCUGAAUUUAAGAGUUACAGAAGAUAUU